AUAAAUGUCGUGAAAAUGUUACGAUACAUUUAUUUGUUUACUUUGUUUUUAUUUAUAAAUAACAUAUAUUCUUUGCAAUAUGCAUCUGAUGUUGAUUCAAAUGUUGAACUUUAUAAUAAGAAAUCAAAACUUAAUACUCGUUUAAGGGGAAAAAGAGAGCAAAAUUAUAACAAACGUCAAGAUUACGAAAUGGAGGAUGAAAGUGAUUCCGGAGCCCAAAUUGAUGUGGCUGGUUUUAUUCAAAGUCCAGAUAAUAGUUUUGAAGAAGAUCAAUUUUAUCAGCUUGAAAAUGACAGGAAACAAUCCGACUACGGUGGCUCUGUUAUGCACGAUGAUGAAGAAAAUAGUAGUGAAAUUAUACAGGAUUACCAGAAUUUAAAUAUAAAUAAUAUACCAGAAGUAAAUAUAUAUAGCAAAACAACACACAUUGUCCCACAAAACAUAGAUUUGAACGCUAUCUCUGUGAGUGAUCACAGUGACCUAAUGGACACAUACAAAUUAAAUGGUAUAACAAAUAAUGAAAAGUCGUCCCUUAAUGCGGGACAUAGGAGUGAGAAAAAGUGCGCUUUAAAAAAUAUGAAGAUCCCGUUUUUUUCCCGUAAUAAAGAGGCAGAAGCAAAGGAAAGAGCCCAAAAUAAAAGGUGGCUUUUUGUAUUUGGCAAGUCUAAAAAACAAAGUGCUACAAAAAAUGAUUUGAAUAAAGAAUUUUCGGAAGUACCACGUUUUUCUAAUAAAGUAAUAAAGAGAUCGUAUAAGAAACUCUGCCCUGCUUGUCGAGAAAAAAAUAUUGAAAAUGAACUAACAAAUGCACUAAGGAGUCCAGCUUCGAAUGAUAUAAUUCAUAAUAGUAGACAAUAUUACCAAAGGAGGAACAAUAAAGAGGAAAGUGAGCAAUUGAAACCAAGUUUAAGCAAAAUAAGUAAUAAUUUGAAACAAAAGUUUGAUCUACAUUCUAUCAAAAAUGGAAGGUUGAAAAGAAAAAUCCAGCUUUCACCCGAAGAAAAACAGAAAAUCGAAUUAGAAGAACUUGCAAAAAAAAUAGAUAGCGUUAAAAUAGAGACUGAAAACAAAUGAAGGAUAGUUGGAAGAGAGUUUAACUUUACAUAAAAUUUUAUGUGUAUAUUCUUAAUUAUUAGUUGACUAAGAUUAGAUUAAACUGAUUGCAUAACUUAAUUUUAAAAGUACUAUAAAAGGGCUAUUUUUAUAUUAUUUUAUUAAGUAAACACCGAGAUGCACUAUAUAAAAAGUUUAAUAAUAAAAGUUAAAU